AUUCCUGCUUCCAAACUUGUUCUACCCGUCACUGUGCAUCAAGAUCCCAAAUCCAUAACCCACAGAAAUUGUGCCACAAUAUAUAUAGCCACCUUAAUACUACAAGAUAAUAGGACAUCCAUGAAAAAAAUGGACAAAUAUCACGUCUCUAUAAGCACUUUCAAGUUGUCAAAGGAGGUGGAAUAUCGAACACUGGUUUAAUCAGAAGUCCACUUCAUUUGGAACGUGAUCAACUUACCUCUAAAGGGGGAUUUAAAGAUAGUGCAAAUCUCAGUUCUCAAGAGAUGGUUGAUGUGGUAAUAGGUUGUGCUGCUAAUAUACUAGCUAAAAUUGGAGAAAAGCUUUUUGUUGAAACUGGCCGACACCUAAAGUACGUGCUUUACUAUAACAACUACAUUAAAAGUCUAAUGGAAGAAGUGGGCACGUUAAUGUCAAAAGCACAAGGUAUCCAACUAGAAGUUGAUGAAGCAAGAAGAAAUGGAGAAAAUAUUGCGCCUGAGGUUGAACAGUGGUUUUCAACUGUGGACAGAAUUUAUGAACAGUCUACUAGAAUUCUCGAAUAUGAAGUUCCAAAAAACAAGUGUAUCCUAAAUGGUCGGUUCCUAAGCAUCAAAAAACGAUACAUCUUAAGUAAGAAGGCAAAGAAGAUGACUGAGAAGGCUGAUGCUGCCAAAUUAAAAGCCGAAACGUUCUUUAAGAUGUCAUACCCAGCCCCUCCACUUGCAGUAGGAGACAGAUCUAUGGGAGAUUUUAAAAACUUUGAAUCAAGAGAACCCACCAUAAAUCAGUUGAUGCAUUUCUUAAAGGAUGACACAAGACAAAUUAUCAGUAUAUGCGGUAUGGGAGGAUCAGGAAAGACAACAAUGGUGAACGAAGUUGCAAGGCGUGUAAAAGGAGAUAAAUUGUUUGAUGAAAUCGUACUGGCAGUGGUGUCCAAAGAACAUGAUCUGAUGAAGGUUCAAGAAGAUCUCGCAAAAUGUUUGGGAUUAAAGUUCAAAUAUCCAAGAUUAGAAGGAAGAGCUGAUGAGUUAUGGAAACGGCUACUCCAAAGCAAGAAGGGGACUCUUGUGAUACUUGAUGAUGUAUGGAAACACAUUGAUUUGAAAAGUAUUGGAAUUCCAUUUGGAAAAGAAUAUAAGACUUGCAAAGUACUUUUGACUUCUCGAAGUGAAGAUGCAUGCAAAGCAAUCGGAUGCCAAGACAUUUUAAGACUUGACGUAUUAACACAAUCAGAAGCAUUUAGUCUUCUAGGAGAAAUGGUUGGUGAUUCUCUGAAUGAUCCUGAUCUGUGUGAAACUGCAUCUAAUGUUGCAAAAAGGUGUGGUGGUUUACCUAUUGCAAUAGUAUGCCUUGGUAGGGCACUAAAGGAUAAAAGGAAAGAAGUGUGGGAUGACACCCUUCUAAAACUACAGAGGUGUAUAGUACCAUCAAAUAUUGAAGGCAUGAAAGAAGAAGUUUAUCAAUCUCUGGAAGUAAGUUAUGAUCUUUUAGGGGAUGUGGAAGCUAAGAGACUCUUUCUCCUUUGUUGUCUGUAUCCAGAAUAUGCAAAUGUCCCACUUGAAGCAUUGGUACGAUGUGGGAUUGGGUUGGAUUUCUUUGAAGGCGUCCACUUAUUAAUAGAAGCAAGAAAUAGAGUAUAUGCACUAACUGAUAUGCUUAGACGUCGUUUUCUAUUGGUAAGUGGUGAUAGGAAGUCGACUGUGAAGGUACACAAUGUUGUACGUGCUGUGGGAAUAUCUGUGACUUCUAGAUUGGAAUCAAACACAGGACAAUUUAGUGGAAUGGUGAUACAUGAGGAUAAAUGGCCUAGAGGUAUGACAUACGGAAACUAUAAUGCCAUUUCAGUUGUAUCAAAUGAAUUAUCUGAGCUUCCUUCUCGUGGAUUGGAUUUCCGAAAACUUGAACUUAUUCAAGUUGCAUGUCCAAAACUCUCUGUAGAGAAAUUGAAUACCAUGUUUGAGAAGAUGGAGAAAGUAAGAGUUGUUGAGCUGUGGAAUAUGUCUCUAUUAUCAUUGUCAACAAUCCUCUUUUCAUUGCCAAGAGACAUUUAUGCUUUGUGUAUGGACUGCAAAAUGGAAAAUAUAGGAGAUAUUAUGACUGACGAGUUCUUGAAUCUUGAAAUACUGAGCUUUGGAAACUGUGAUAUUACAGAGUUGCCUAAGGAGAUACGGAAAUUAUCAAAGUUAAGGCUUCUUGACAUGAGUGGUUGCCGCUGGCUUGAAAGGAUUUCACCUGGUGUUAUCUCAAGCUUGUCUCAACUUGAAGAGCUAGAUACAGGAUCAAAAUGGUGGGGAGAUGAAGAAGAAGGAGAUGCAAGCCUUACUGAGUUAGAGUCCUUGACCAAUUUGAAAUAUUUAGGGAUUCGCAUUAAAUCAUCAAGGUUCCUACCUAAUUACAACCUCUUUGAAAACCUGCAAAGGUAUGUAAUUUCUGUAGGAGUUCAUCUUCAAAAAAGACGAUCCUUCAAUAACAGGAUGCUUUUGCUGAAUCUUGAGAGUACAGAUACACAUUUAGGUGGUGGUAUCGAGAAGUUGUUAACUAACAACACCGAGAAGGUGUUCUUGACUGGUGAUGGUAUCAAAGUUGCUCUAAAGGAACUAGAUACAGUUGGUUUUCAGCAAGUCAAGAACUUAACUGUUGAAUCUUGCAACAGUGAAGGAAUAGAGUAUCUUUCAAAUUACAGCAACACAUCAAAUGGUUCUGGUGUGUUUAAUAAUCUGGAAAAACUUCGUAUGGAUAAAAUAUGGCAUUUGAAGGGAAUUAUACGUUACAAUGGAAAAGGGCUACCAGUUAGAUCAUUUUCAAAGUUACGCAAGAUUCAUCUGUCAGUUUUACCCGAAAUGACCCAUCUGUUUACAUACGGAGUUGCAAAUAAUUUAGAGCAUCUCCAAAGGCUUCAUAUAGAAUAUUGUACCAAUAUGCAAGAAGUCAUUUUGAACCAGAGACCUUCAGCAUUGGAAAGUACCAUUGAAAAUAAGAUUGUUUUCCCAAAGUUAACCGAAUUAAUCUUGAACGACAUUGCAAGCCUCAUUUGUUUCUCCCAUGGAAUCAACCUGCAAGUUGAGUUUCCUCAGCUGAGAGUAUUAAAGCUUGAAUAUUUACAGAAUUUUCAUACCUUUUGUCCCGAGGAGAUCAAUCUUGCUUCCGAAGGCAACCACAGAGGCACAAACUUUCAUUCUCUUGUCAACCACAAGGUUGAAUUUUCAAGCUUGGCUGAAUUAACAAUCACAAAAAUGGGCAACAUUAAGCAUGUUUGGUGUGGCCACCUUCCUGAUCUAGUACAUCUACAAGGACUUUACAUUCAGUUUUGUCACAUGAUGGAAGAAGUGAUUUCAGUCCAACGUCCAUCAGUAACUACAAUGGAAGAAAGGAUUGUCUUCCUCAAAUUGAAAGAAGUAAUCAUAUUUGGAUUAAACAAGCUCACCUUCUUCUGCAAAGGAAUUGAUCAUGUUGAGUUUCCCCAGCUGAGAGUUUUACGACUUCGUUGGCUAACACAUUUCAGAAAUUUUUGUCCUGAAGAGACUACUGGUCGCACAUCUUCUCUCUUCAAUGACAAGGUCUCAUUUCCUUGUCUUGAGACACUAGAAGUCUCUGAACUUGACAGUGUUGAGCAGUUAUGGUCCAGCAAACUUCCCAUGAGUCAGUUUGGUAAACUAAAAUCUCUUAGAGUAGAGAAAUGUCACAAACUGGUGAAUAUAUUUCCAUCAGAUUUGCAAACAGUAUUUCCUAGUUUGGAGAAGUUAGAAGUGGAGAAGUGUGAUUCUCUCGAACAGGUGUGGGGUUAUACAGAAGAACAAAUCAGAAAGCUGAAAAGUAUAUUUGUCCAUGAGUGUCCAAUGUUGACAAAUUUGUGCUCUUUUUAUACAUUCAAGGGUCUAUCAAAUCUCCAGAUUUUGAAUAUAUCUAGUUGCAAGAUGCUGGAGGAAGUAGUUGGAUAUGAGCACACAUAUGGAAAAAUGAAAGAAGUUCUUUCUCUCAACAAACUAGAAGAACUGAGUCUUGCAUUUCUGCCAAAUCUUAGUUACUUCUCCCAUAACAAAUGUGACAUUGAACUACCAGAACUAACUCAUGUGAAUAUAAAGAGUUGCCAAGAAAUAUACACUUUCUCUAAAAGUUCGGUGACCACACCAAAGCUCAAAUAUGCUGUGGUUGAUGAUCUACGGAGCUGGUUGGGUGAUAAAGAUCUCAACAGUACCAUGCGGCACUUGGCCUCAAGAGGGGCUCAUUAGUGCAGAGUGGCUUAUCAUCACACUUGUGGAUUGCUACUGCAGGUCUUCAAUAUAUAUAUAGUUGGCUACAAUGCACCAAAAACGAUCUGUCUUGAAUUGAAUUCUUUAAUAUAGUUUGCUACAGUUCUUCAAUCUUCACUAAUUUAACUUGUAAGCUUGAAAUUACUUUGACAUUUCUUGAUUUUUUAUUUACUCUCCAUUUACCUAUGAUAUUUUAUUUGAAUUUCCUUUAGUUUCAGUUUGUAAUAUAACAUGAAAAUUCUUCCUAUACAAUUUUUAAUAUGACUUUAACGUUUUAUCUAAAAAUAAAAAUAUGAGUCUUCUUGUUGAUGAA